CGCACAACGCGGAAGUGAGUAAUCGGUUCAGUAAUGAAAUGUGCAGUUACAUUUGAAUCGCUAAAAUUGUUUACUUAUGUUUAAAUAAGAGUUUCAUGAUAUAAAAAGGGUGCUUCUGCUUAAUUGUUCACUGUAGCUAGUUAAAUGUGUCAUGACAUCUCCAUCGAUCCGCAAUUUAGUCUGCUGUGGUCAUUGGCUCAUGCCAACUCAUGAGUGUAAUGAGCGAUCUUUCCCUCACAAUGCAGAUGUAUUUUCUAAUGAUAGCAUACUAGGUGACCCGGGAUGUUAUUCUAUUUUUACUUUUACUAGUAUCUGCCUUUUCGCUUUUGCUGCGUACGUUCUCGAGUGGACUCGAAAGGAGUGUAGCACUAUGCAGGCGGACCAGAUCGUAAGUGAAAGAGCGAGUGAUGAGGCUUUGGACAAGUCCGAUAAAAAGGUCCCUAUCAUGCACAUUCCUACGGUAACAGAGGGCACCGGCACCAGGAUGAAAAGAGACGUAUUGAAUGUCGAGAAGGGAAACCCGAGGACACCUUUUCCUCGGGGUGCAAACGGGGAUGAAGACUCAGAAGCGGAAUCUUAUCGGGAUGGGCGUACCGGGGAAGUCGACCGCGAAACCAAGGCUAGAGCCUUCGCUUGGUGCCGGGACUUUCUCUCCGGGUCAUGGAAGACCAUUUCAGAGGCGGACUUUCAGAUCACUAUCGUAAGUGGAGGACUUAGCAACCUACUGUACAAGUGCAGUUUACCUGAUCACGUUAAGACGGUUGGGGUUGAGCCUUCACGGGUACUGCUGCGGAUCUAUGGGGCAUUUUACAGGUGCCUUGGAGUCGAUUCUUUGGUGUCUGAGAGUGUGAUGUUUGCCAUUUGGCAGAGCGGGGAGCUAGGUCCUCGUCUAUAUGGUAUCUUCCCAGAGGGACGCUUGGAACAGUAUAUUCCUAGUAAGCGCUUAUACACAGAUCAGCUGCAGGACCCAGGCAUUUCAGCUGAAAUAGCCAGUAAGAUGGCACGAUUCCAUCGUAUGGUAAUGCCUUUCAAUAAGGAGCCCCGAUGGCUUUUUAUGACCAUUGACAGGGUACAUGGAACAAAUCAUGAUAUCAAAUUUGUGCGUGAAGCACACAUCAAGAAGUUCAAGAAGCUAAUGAAGUAUGACCUUCCAGCUGAACUUGCGAAUCUGAGGUACGUUCUGGAGUCUACUUCUUCGCCUGUGGUGUUUUGUCACAAUGAUGUGCAGGAAGGUAACAUCUUGAUGCGAGAUGGCCAGGACCAGAAUUCAUCUGAUAAACUAAUGCUCAUAGACUUUGAGUACAGCAGCUAUAAUUACAGAGGCUUUGACCUAGGGAAUCAUUUCUGUGAGUGGAUAUAUGACUACACAUAUGACCAGUGGCCAUUUAAGGCAAACCUGGAAAACUAUCCCAAUAGGCAACAGCAGCUGCACUUCUUCAGAAACUACUUGGCAGAGAGUGAAGACCCUAUACAAGACCAAGACACCAUUGAGGAGGAGAUGAUCAUUGAAGCUAACAGGUAUGCUCUAGCCUCUCAUUUCUUCUGGGGUUUAUGGUCAGUUAUUCAAGCCAGGAUCUCCAAGAUUGAAUUUGGAUACAUGGACUACGCCCAGCACAGGUUUGAUUCAUACUUCAAGCAAAAAAAGCUCUUUGCCAAACGCUGAGUAGCGCUGAGUGGAAGUAGAGCUUCAAAGGAUGCCACAACUUUUCUUCUUCUUGUUUACCAAGUAGAGAAAGAAUGAUAAACAUGAAAAUACGUCGAACGGUUCCCAUAUUGAAUAAGCAGUUAAGAAACUGGUGAAGAUAUACUAAACAUUAUCUAGAGAAAUGAUUGUUGAAUACUUGGAUGGACCACAAAUUUCAGUGUAUUGCAGUACUACAGAGGUAAACAACCAAUACAGUUGUGCUCUCUUAUUCUAAUCCAAAGCAUAAUCCAAAUGCAAAGAUGCAAAGCAUCUUUUAAAUGUUUUUGUAAUUUACUGUAUAUUUAUUUUAACAAUGAUAUUUGCAUAUUUAUGUCCCAAUGGUAAAUGUUAACUGUAACUUUUGGUGAUGUAAGAAAGAGGUUAUGAUAAUAUCCGUCCUUAUGGUCAUUUAGUUCAGUCAAAAGAGAAAUCCAAAUCACCAUAUGUUUAUCAGACAGGCUCAGAGCCAUAAAACUUGCUUUCCUGUUGUCUUCAUGUUAAGAAGAACACUCCUGUAUUUCUGCACUGAAGUGUAGUGUGAGACAGUAAACAAAAUUAAAAAAUCUAACUUUCCUGUUUGGUCAGCAAAUGCAUAUAUAAAGCGGCCACAGUAAAGUCAUUGCUUGCUUGUCAAAAAAAGAUGAGUUACUUCACUUCCUGAAAAUUCUUGACAGUUCUUGAUUGGAAAAUCCAAAUUAACACUACCUGGUAGAUGAUGUGGCAUGUCAGCUUGUGCUGAAGUUAUGUCAGAAGAGCAUGCUUUAUUGUCUACAGGCAUUUUUAACUUACCAAAAUUUAAUUUGUGUCUAUGCAUGUAUUUAAUACUCGGUUUCAAAUCAGAUGUGAAAGCUAUGAAUGGGCUACAAUCAGAAAUUACAACUAAAUCCAGUAUCAAAGCCAUGUGUCUAAAGUUGUGAUUAUACAAAUAUCUGUCCUGUCAGUAUCAUUCUCUGAUGUUUAUGAUUUAAACAGUUGAAGUAGAUAAUGUAAUAAGAAAACUGUACAUUUUGGAGCAAUUUCAUAAUGAGCAUUCAAAUGUUCCCUCCAACACUCUAUAUGGGGCCAUUUUUCAGUUGAAUGAAGGCACUGCAUCUGUCAGUAGUUUAAUGAUGUUCAUAUAUUUUGAUCCAAAGAUGCAGUGAAAAAAACCAUGAGAAUAUUGCACUAGAUCAUUGAAAUGCUUUGAAUUUGUGCCCAUUAAAACCUUUGUUUCAUUGUGUGUUGUAUGUGUCCUUGUCUACUUUGUUUCAUAGUCCUGGAUUUUUGCCAUGUCCAAUAUUUAAAGCGUUUGACAAUAAAAAAUGUCUGAAACUUA